UUGGUAACGAAAAACGUCACUUCAAAAAAUCAACAUAACCUCACUCUUUUUCGCGUCGUUUUUUCGUCAAUUUGAACCAAUUCAUGCAAAAAAGGAGUAAAAAUGCAUGAAGAUCCUUCAAAAAAUUCGAUUGUGGGGACGCUGAGUCGUUUUGGAGGAUCCGAAACGCUAAUUUCGUCAGGAAUUCCUUCGUUGGAUGAACUUUUAGGGGACGGAAUUCCUGUUGGAUCCUUAGUAAUAAUCGAGGAAGAUUCUCAAGGACUUUACGCAAGAAUUGUACUCAAAUACUUCUUAGCUGAAGGCGUGGUGAAUAAACACAGUAUUUUCGUGGCUAGCCAAGAAAUCUCAUCAGAAAAAUUGAUUCACCAAUUACCACAACUCAUCGAAUCGAAACCGAAAAAUGUCGAAGAACCGAAUGUAGAACGGCCCAAAAUGAAAAUAGCGUUCCGUUACGAUAACCUUCCUACAGAACAAAAAGAACCGGAACAAAAAUUUGGUCAUUACUACGAUUUAUCAUCGGUGAUGUCGCAAAAUUAUCUCGACGAUUGCAAAAUCACCACUUGGGAUGAUACGAAAACGUUAAAAUCGAAUUCGUUUUAUAACCAAAAAUAUUACGAGUUAUUAACAUCGAUUAAAAACGAUUUGAAAUCGCACAAUGAGAAUAAUAUCCUUCGAAUUGGAAUCCAUGCGUUGGGGUCCCCCGUUUGGCAUUUAUUAGACGAAAUUAAUGAAGAAAAAGCGUUGAAAGAUUUAACCCUUUUUUUGUACGCGUUUCGGAUGAUGAUUCAAACCAAGAAAGCUGUGGGUUAUGUUACAAUUCCAGCUCAUUUAUUUGAGAAGGUGGAUCGAUUGUUGCAUUUAAGCGAUAUUUAUAUCCGGCUCCAAGCGUUCGCAGGAACCGAAUUCGCCGAUAACAAAUAUCUCUCCGAUUUUCAAGGCUUCAUCCACAUCGAUAAAUUAACCCCAAAGAACGGGUUUAAUUCGAAGAUUUCGAGCACGAUCGAGCACGUCUUUAAAUUGAGGAGGAAGAAAUUUACGAUUGAAAUGUUACAUCUUCCACCAGAUUUGGACGCGACGGAAGUUUCGGGAUUGGGAUGCGCAACGGGGAGUUCUAAAUUGGAUUUUUAAUCACCAAGUAAGUGGAAAUUAACGUACCAUUUAUUUAAAAAAGAAAAAAAACGUUUAUUUUGAGCAAAAUAAUUGUUUUACUUAACAAUAAAUUACAUAAAUAGACUUUUACGCGUAAAUAUAAAAAGUUAUCUGUACAACCUUCCUCGGGAAUAUCACUUAAAUUAUUUUAAGGUUAGAAAAUUGAAUUUUUCCUAAAUUAAUGGUAAAAGGCAAGAUUUAGCACCUUUAAUACAACUUUUUCCUCUCACUUCAAUAAAAAUUUAAAGGAAAAAUCAAUUUAAUCAACUUAAAUCGUAAAUAUCACAAUUUCUUUUAUAAUAUUUCUUGCCGCUUAUUCAAUGUCUUCAUCGGUUUCGUGUUCGAUGUCAAUUUUUUGAUUUAAAGGCGCCACCAAACUGUUAUAAUACACUUCCAGUUCUUUAUUAGACAUGUUACUUUUAUUAUCUGGGAGAUAAACCGAAAGUUUUCGUUCAAUUCGAUUUUCAUUCUCACCCAACCAAUUUACGUCCAAUUUUUUCGACGUUCUAUAU